UUUGAAAACAUCCUAAAGCCGUUACCAACACGGACAGGGAAACGGCGAUGGGACCAGACAACGCGGACAAUCGCCUUAAACUACGCCGUUUCGGUGCUCUCUUUUGUUUACUUCCCGACGACGUUUCCUGCUUUAUACUUCUUCUCUGAUCUUCUUCUUUAUUCUCAUUGUACAAAUAAUUAGCAUAAACUAAUAUAUUAAUCUUCUUCUUCUUCUUGUAUAAAUUCCAGUUGGAAUUUCGGAAGAAUUUUCCUGCUAAAUCAACUUCUUUGUUGAAUUAUUAUUCUUUCAGAUUCAGGUUCUCUUCUUUGUUGAAGGAUUUAUGCUGUUUGGUCGUCUCUGAGAAAAUUGCUGGGAAGAGAAUCAACGAGGAUAGGGCUGUUGGUUCUCAUCUACACCUUGUGUUCCAGUCUGCGGCGGACUGGAUUGAUGUGCAAUGCAGAGAUCACGUAGAGCCCUUCUGGAAAGAAGAGCUUUGGAUAGGGCUAUUACCGGAAGGAGCUUCUUCUACAAGGUUUCUCUGUCUUUGGUUUUUGUUUUGUGGGGGCUUCUUUUCCUCUUGAGCUUGUGGGUUAGUCAUGGCGAUGGUUAUAAGGAUGGAUCCAUGGCCCAUGGCUUAUCAACUUGGGAUGAAGCUAAGAUGAGACACAACAAACAUUCUGAUUCUCCUGGUCAAUGUUUAGCUGACGAAUCUGGCUCUUUUUUUUCUCAUGAUGGUUUUUGUACAAAUGGUGCUAAGACCACAGCUCUUCCUGCUGAAUCAUCUACAAGUGAAGCAAGCAAAAAUCACGUCUCUACUUUUGAGCAACUUGAUGCUGAUAACUCCAUUGCAGGUGUAACAUCUGAAAACAGCUCUCCAAAGUCUGAUAGACUGUCGCAUGCUGUGCCUCUUGGUCUUGACGAAUUCAAGAGCAGAGCAUUCAUUUCUAGAAGUAAAUCUGGUACUGGUCAGGCAGGAGUAAAACAUAGAGUGGAGCCAGGGGGUAAAGAGUACAAUUAUGCUUCAGCUUCAAAAGGAGCGAAGGUCCUGUUAUGUAACAAGGAAGCAAAGGGUGCCUCUAAUAUCUUAGGCAAAGACAAGGACAAGUACCUACGGAAUCCCUGUUCAGCGGAAGAGAAAUUUGUCAUUAUAGAACUUUCAGAAGAAACCUUAGUCGACACUAUUGAAAUAGCAAAUUUUGAGCAUUACUCUUCUAAGUUAAAAGAUUUUGAGUUGCUUGGAAGUUUGGUUUUUCCAACAGAUGUUUGGAUUAAGCUUGGGAACUUUACUGCCGGCAAUGUGAAGCAUGCUCAGAGAUUUGUUCUUAAGGAACCGAAAUGGGUGAGGUAUCUAAAGUUAAAUCUUCUGAGCCAUUAUGGUUCUGAAUUUUAUUGUACGCUGAGUGUUAUUGAAGUGUACGGAGUGGAUGCUGUGGAGCGAAUGCUGGAGGAUUUGAUCUCUGUCCAGGAUAAUUUGUUUGCAUCUGAUGAUGGAACGCGUGAUCAGAAACAAAUGCCUUCAAAACUGGAGCCUACUCAAGGCAAUAGUGUGUAUCAAAAUUCACACAAGGAAAUGGGAUCUGAGUCUUCAGUGGAAAACUCAAACUUGCAACAUGAUGUUAUUAAUAAUAUUGUUCCUAGUCCAGUUGAAGACAUUCAUCAUCAACAAGUUGGCCGAGUGCCUGGAGACAGCGUUCUAAAAAUUUUGAUGCAGAAAGUUCGAGCUCUAGACUUAAAUUUAUCUGUUUUGGAGCGGUAUUUAGAAGAAUUGAAUUCCAAAUAUGGCAAUAUUUUUAAAGAAUUCGACAAAGAUAUAGGAGAAAAAGAUAAACUUCUUGAGAAGAUUAAAUCAGAUAUAAAAGAUCUCCUUGACAGCCAGAAAAUCAUGGCUAAAGAUAUUGGUGAUGUUGCUUCCUGGAAGUCUCUGGUUUCUGUACAGCUGGAUACCAUACUCAGAGACAAUGCUGAUCUUAGAUCGAAGGUUGAAAAAGUUCGAGAGAAGCAGAUAUCUAUGGAGAAUAAGGGCAUCGCGGUAUUUGUUGUAAGCUUAAUUUUUGGAUUCUUAGCAUUUGUGAGGCUACUGGUAGAUAUGUUGUUGAGCGUUUCCAUGUCAUUGAGUGAUGAAAAAACAGAGAAGCCAAGGAAAUUUUGUUCCUUUAGCUCUUCCUGGCUCCUCUUAUUAUGCAGCUGUAGUAUAGUUUUUAUAUUAUCCAUUUAAAUAUGCUUUUAUGGUAUCCAUUUUUGUUUCCUCCACUUCUAUUGUGGCUCUUUUAUGGGAGUUAAAUCUCCUUGUAACCAUGUAAUAUAUUAGUACUAUAUUUUACUAUGAAAAAAUAGAUUGUCUUGUCCAAUUAAAACAUUUUACUGUCA